UAUGAAUAGCUGCGCUCCCCUCUGCUCCAGGCACUCUUCCCUCCCUGCCUUCCCCCUCUUCCAGAGCCGCGGCAUCCUCCGGCAUCCCCCGGCGCCGAUGCUGAGCACGGAAAGCUUCAGCGGGGCGAGAGCCCUGGGCGAGGAGUCGCUGCAGAUGUGGGAGCUCAACAAGCGGCUGGAAGCUUACCUGGCGCGGGUGAAGGUGCUGGAGGAGGAGAACGAGGCGCUGAGAGCCGAGAUCCAGAGCGCCAGGAGCGGCCCGGCCGGGGACCAGCGGCGGGUCAAGUACGAGGAGGAGCUGCGGGCGCUGCGGGAUGCGCUGCGGGACGCCUACAGCGGGAAGUGCGCGGCCGAGCUGGCCCGGGACAGCCUCUACGAGGAGGUGCAGCAGGUGAGAAGUCGGUGCCAGAAGGAGCAGGCGGCCCGAGAAGCGGCCAAGCAGCAGCUCUCGGUGAGCAGGAAGGAGCUGGAGGAGGAGAGGAGGGCGCAGAUCUGGCUCAAGGAGAGCGCUGUGCGGCUGCAGAAGGAGGUGGAAGCUCUGCUGGAGGUACACGAGGAGGAGAAAGCGGGGCUGGAGCAGGACAUCGCCGGCUUCUCGCAGAGCCUGGAGAGCUUCCGCUGCGCGCCGGUGGCUUUCCAGCCCCUGGAGGUGGAGGAUUACUCCAAGAGGCUCUCGGAGAUCUGGAAAGGGGCUGUGGAGACCUACAAGACGGAGGUGUCGCAGCUGGAGGGUUCCCUCUGCCAGGCCAAGGAAAGCCUCUGGAAGGCUGUGGAGGACAACCAGCAGAGCCAGCUCCAGCUCCAGCGCCUGGAGAAGGACCUGGCCGGGCUCAAAGCGCGGAAGGAGAUGCUGGAGGAGUCCUUGUCCCGGCAGUGGCAGGAGCAGCGCGGGGAGGCAGAGAAGUUCCAGCUGGCGCUGGAGGCCCUGGAGCAGGAGAAGCAGACGCUGCGGGUGCAGAUCGCCCAGGUCCUGGAGGACAGGCAGCAGCUCAUGCACCUCAAGAUGUCCCUUAGCCUGGAAGUGGCGACCUACAGGACGCUGCUGGAAGCAGAGAGCACCCGCUUGCAAAUGCCAACGGGGGAAUACAGGCUGGCCAACGGCUUGAGAGAUCUCAAGCUGGAGGGGAGCAGCAGCACCAAGCUGGGCCCUGAGGCCAGGAGGAUGCUGCCCCGGGAGCACCGUGCCAGCCCCUCGCCCUUCGCCAGGGCAGAGGGGAGGGGGCAGCCAGGGAAAGCCCCCAGUGAUGCUCUGAUCCCCCAAACCCCGAGCGCUGGCACCAGGGAGCUCCAGCGCGUCGGUGCUGCCCAUGGCGCGGCACCACGGGAUGCUCCCAGCUUCCCUGCAGCAAGCCCCUCGCAGCCCAUCCAGCUCUCCCCAGAGCCCCCCAGCCCCAUGCUGGGAAGCCCAGGGGAGGGUCCUGCCUGGCCGGGGGGAGAUGGGGAUGAGAGGAGCCGAGGGAAGGAGCAUCCACCACCCGAAGCCAUGGAGAAGACCCGCAGCCUGCGGUACCCAGCCCAGCUGGUCAGCGAGGCGCUGGAGGAUGCUCUCAAGGAGGUGAAGGAUGAUGCUCAAGCCAAAGAAGAGCCCAUGCUCAGCGCCACCUGGGCCCCCCGGGAUGCCCCCAGCCCCAUUCCCCACACAGAGGCUGUGGCAGAAGGAGGAGAAGGGCAAGACCUCUCUGAGGGUGAUGGGGAUGGUGAAGCCCCUGAAGCAGAGGAGGAGGUUGAGGAGUUGGUGGUCCAGGGGCUGGGUGUCGAGAGCAGCACCCAGCGGGACGGAGCCACGUCCCCUCCUUGUGGCUUUGCUGCUUCCCUUAGUGCCACUGUGAGCCAGGAAGAGAUGGGAGAGUGGGAAGAGGAGAUGCCCACUGUGCGGAGCCCAAGGGAACCAGAAGUGGUGUCCCAGGAAGAGGACAUGGGCGGCCCCGGCCAGACAGGGACCAGCCAGGAAGAGCCAGAGCAAGGGGAGGAGGAGGUCCCAAGCAUGGAGGCAUCACACCCCGAGGAGGAGGAGGAGGAGGAAGAGGAGGAGGAAGAGGAAGAGGAGGAGGAGAGGGCAUCCCACAUCCCCUGCGGGGAGGACGGUGAUUUCCAGGGUGAAGGAAUGGAUGAACACCAAGAGGAGUCCCCACCAAGGGAAGCUGAAGCUGCUCGUGCUGCCCUCGAGGAAAGCCACCCGGCCCUGGAAGAGGACCUUGUUGAUGGAGAGCAGGAAGAGCCUGACCACCAGGAAAUGCCUGUGUGCGAGACAGGGCUGGAGGAAAGGGGGCAGGAGAUGUGCCCAGAGCAGGAGCCCUCAAGCAUCCGUGGGGCCACCCCAGCAGAAGAGGCUCCACUGGGGCCUGAGGAAGAUGCGGUGGAAGGGGAGGGCCAAGGCAGAGCAGAAGGUGAGGGAGAAGAGGGAGAGGCCAGCGGGGGGGUGCUGGGAGGAGACCCCUGGGCAGGACCUGGACCCCUGGGCCAGGAGAGCAGAGCCCAGGAGGAGCUGCAGGGAAAGGACUUCAUGGAAGAGGAGCGGGAGCAGGAGCAGGAGCAGGGAGAGGAGCCCUGGGGCAGGGACGAUGAUGGCAGCAGCCAAGAGCCCCCUGCAGAGGGCUGGGAGGUGGCAGCAGAGGACACAGAGGAGGCUCUGGGGACAGAUGACACUCCACUAGGCGCAGGAGGGCUGGAGAGCGAGGGCAGAGAUGGCACAUGGCUGGAGGGAACCCAAGGAGAGGGUGAAGAAGAUGAUGAAGAGGCUGAGCCAGCCCCAGAGCUGGCAAGGGAUGAGCAGGACGGCUCCAUGGGGCAACCUGUCCCCACAGGUCCCCCUGGGCAAGGGGACAGCCAGGAGCUGGCCGAGGCUCUGGAGGAGCCAUGGGAAGGGCGGGAUGAGGAUGUGGAUGAUGCUCCCGGCUCCAGCCCUGCAGAGCUUCAGCAGGCACGAGGCAUGGAGAGGGAUGGGCCAUUGGAGGAGGAGGAUGGGCCAUUGGAGGAGGAGGACGAGGAUGGGGGCUCGGGGGAGCUGGAGGAGGCAGCAGGGACAGGCAGGAAGGUGGAGCUGGAGGACACGCUGCCCGACAGCACCCCCUUGCACCUCUAUGGGGGGGAGAUGUUGGCUGUGGCCCCAUCCAGCCAAACCCCUCUCGAGGCUGAGGACACCAUAGAGGCAGCAUCUGAAGGAGCUCCAGAGGAUGAAGGGUGGCUGGAAGGGAGCGAUAAGCCACCAGCUCCCACCAUGGUCCAGAGCCAUGAGGAGGAGGCAGGGACAGAGGGAGCUCCUGCAGCAGAGGGUGCUGAGGAGGAGGAAGGUUACUUCAUGGUCUCUGCUCCCAACCAAGAGGUGUCCAGCUCGGAGGAAGCCGAGAUCUCCGAGGACUUUGAAGAGAUUAAAGCUGAAGCAACCGAGGGCAGCAGAGACGAUGUGGAAGCUCCUGGAGGAGCAUCUCCAGCGCCAGACGACAAAGGGCACUUUGAGGCAUUAGUUGGUGCAGCAGAUGAAGCCGUGAGGAUGCCCACAGAGAUGCCAAAGGAUGAGGAUGAGGAGGUCGACGGGGGUUCUUCCGAGCCGGAGGAAGGCCCCAUUGUGCCUGGAGGAGACGGUGGGGCCAUGGGGCCGGUGGCAGGAGGUGCUGCUGAACCAGCCCAGGCUGCUGAACCAGCCGAGGAGCUCGAUGGCGCGGUGGAGCCGGACAGUGAUGCUGGAAGAGCCGAAACACCCCCAGGCUGCAGCCUGGGGCUGGAGGAAGAUGAGGAUGAGCCCAGCGUAGCUGAGCCCAUCCCUCCGGCAGUGCUCCAGCCCCAGGAGAGGCCAGUUCCUCUGCCCCACCAAGCAGAGCAGCAUCCAUCAGAUGAGCAACCACCACCCAUGGAGCAGGAAGCACGGGACGGUGACAGCCCUCUCCCAGCCGAGGACAAGGAGCCCCCCGAGGCCGACCCACCUCAUGCAGGCUCCGGGCCGGAGCAGGGGGGGUCCCCAGAGGUGGCUGAAGAGCAAUCGGAUGCUGCAGAGGUGCCACUGGACAUCCCGGAGGACCCGGAUCUGCUGGAGAUCGUCGAGCAAGCGUUGGAGUUCAACCAGGAGGUGGUGAUGGGCGCCAGGGCAGCCGAGGGCAAGGAGCAGGGUCCCGGCGGCACCCAGGAUGCUGGAGAAGACUCUUCACCCACCUCGUCCAGCGAGGAGGAGCCCACGGUGCAGGAGGCACCGGCGGACGCGGCACCGCAGGCUCCGGUGCGGGCAGAGAACGGGCUGCACCGCGCCGCCAGCCUGGAGGACCUGGCCGAGUUCAGCGAGGAGGUGCCCAACGGCAUCACCGGCACCGCACCGGCAUUCCCUAUGGAGAACACAGACCCUGCCGCGGCCGUGCCGGCUCCCGGAGAUGCCACCGGCACCAAGGUGGCCGAUGCCAGCCCAUGUGGUAAACACGGUGACACCGUCCGAGCCGAGCAGGAGCCCUGCUCCAUGGGGAACGAGUGAUGGGGACCCCUCCGGUACCCCCCAUCCUGCCAGAACCCAGCACCCCCCUUCAUGCCCCCACCCCACCUAACGCUUCUCCAUCCCCUCAUGGUCUUUAACACCUUUGUGUGGGUUUUUGUGUCCCCUCUAAGAGUGAAGAGCCACCGAGGCCACGGGCCCCACGGUCGCAUGCAGGGACCCGGCCCCAUCUCUGCCCCCUCCGGGUGUGUUGUCGUGGCUGUAUUUAAUUGAACCCCCAUCUUUCCCCCUCCCAUCUCCGCCCCACGGGAUGCAGCACCCAAGGGUGACACUGCGGGGUCCCCGGUCCCCACAUGGGGUGACCCACGCCGGGUGUAUUCGCUGCCGUGUUGUUAAGUUAAUAAAGCCUCGUCCUUCA